AUGGCGAUGGAUGACUGGCAAGACAUCGUCGGGUUAAAGUUUCGCCCCAACGAUAAGGAUCUCAUCAGUCACCUUCGCUGGAAAGUCAACGGCGGAGGCGACAGUUUCAUAAAGGACGUGGAUGUUUAUGGAUCGGAACCCUGGCUUCUUCCACACGUCACCGAGCCUCUGUUCCAAGACAAUGAGUGGUACUAUUUCGUGAAAAAGACAAUAGACAGCACGAGGAAGAGAAAGAGACAGAGCCGGCAGGUCCAAAAGAAAGAAAACGGCGGCACAUGGAAGAGCACAACCGGGGAAGAAGAGAUCAGAGAUGGCGGAAACGCUGUCGUUAUCGGCCACGCUCGGAAUCUCACUUUCAUGGAGAACGAGGUGGGGAGUACGAAGCAGAUGAAGACGGAUUGGCUGAUGAGAGAGUAUCGCCUGCCCUCCCAGGAAUCUCAAGAAUGGGUUGUCUGCAGAAUCCGACGCAAAAGCAACGGCCGCGUGAACGGGGAUGGACGUCGGAUGAAUCAAGAUGUCGGCAAGUUGGUGAUGAGUCGAGACAUGUCGGGUUGCUAUAUUGCGGCUGGAAAGAUGGUGAUGAAGGAAAUGACAAUCGACUUCGAUGUGUUUUGUGCGUUCGUGGAACACGUUGUUGGCCGCAAUCUGCAGUGCGGAUUGGCUAUCACAGUGGAUAGUCAUGGGAGCAACGUGAUCAACGCCAAGAGUGUGCAGUAG